AUGUUUGUUUCUCAUUUAGCUGGCACUUUUCAAGGAAAUACUACACUUUAUAGCAUUAGUGGAGGCUAUACAGCAUGUGCAACAAUGCAUAUUGAUAGCGAAUAUAUUGCUGCAUUGAAUGCAUCACAAUUUGAUCCAUUUACACCUAAUGGCAAUCCAAAUUUGAACAGCUUAUGUAACAAGCUGGCCAAGAUAAUUGGUCCCAAAGGAUCUGUUAGAGUAAAAAUUCUUGAUAAAUGCCGUGGAUGUAGAUAUGGUGAUCUUGCUUUAUCAGAACCAGGUGUCAGAGCCGCAAUUGGGGAUCUUAGUAUUGGUCGUGCAAGAAUUAAAUGGAAGUGGCUCGAAAAAAAGUCACAGUGA